AUGAAAGGCCUUGUGGAGGACGCCUGGACCAAUGGCCAUGCGAUGUCCCACGAUGUCUCCGAGCUCGAGGACUGUGCGAUAGCGAUUGAUGCGACGUACUACCUCCAGCUUUUCCUCGAGAGUCCCCAUUUCCACGAGCCACUUCUGCCCGCGCUGGGUGGCAUGACCGGUAUCGAGUUCCACCUCCGAGCCGACAUUGAGCAAUGGAAAGCGCACAAGAUCAUCCCGUUCUUCAUCUUCGACGGCCAGUCUGUGACUGGCCAAGAAGAAGUUGCGGUGCAGCGGGGAAAGCUUGCAAACCAGAAAACGAACGAGGCCUGGACUCUAUACUUUUCCGGUGAAGCCACGAAGGCCGUCGAGGCUUUUGGUGCGAACUACGGUGCCUUCCGCAUUCAAAACCUGUACCCCUUGCUCCAGUCGAUCUUGAAGGACAACAACCUUCACUUCCUCGUGCCUCCAUACAAUGCCUCUGCCCAGCUCGCCUAUUUCGAUGUGAUUGACUCCGAUCAAUGCGCUGCCAUCAUGGGCUCCCAAGAGCUGCUCCUGUACCCCAUCAGGGACACCAUCAUCCGCACAAUAGACUGGGAGGCGAAGAGCGUCACCUCACUCUCCAAGAAACUACUGCUGAAAUCACUCAACGUCAGCGAAAGCAUGCUAGUUGAUGCGCUGUUGAUGACUGGCACCUCUUUCCUGCCUCCCUUCCCUCCUCUUCAGGACGCAUCUCUUAACCCGCGUCAGCCAUUCACCAUUCAAGAUGCGGUUAACCUUCUCAGAGCGUCAGAGAAGUCAGUGCAGUCCGCUUGCAGCUCAUACGGGGAUGUUCUCAAGUCAAAGGACCCGAAGUGGUUGGACAAGUACAGGCAGGCCAAGAUGGCCAUCAACCACUACAUCUACAUCGCAGAGAGCGGCGAGGUCAAGGUGAAUGAUUAUGAUCAUAUUACGAGCGAUAAUCACGAAUAUCUCGGCCUACAGCUUCCUGGAGAGCUCUUCCACUACCUCAACACGGGAUUGAUUGGUGCUCGCGUUCUCAACUACAUAACACAUAGCCAAAUCGUUGUGACACCAACUCUCGACGGCGUGUCCUCGGAGCAGUACAAAAAGCUGAUCACAAACCAGCUCGUUCCCCUCAAGGAGCAGAGUAUCGCACUUCUCAUCCCCAGACUGCAUCGUGGUCUGCAGCACAACCCGAUCUACCUCAAAGUGUGGUUCGACGAUGCGUUCAACUACAAGAUCAACAAAUCCCUUCAACCGUCGCCAUCUCUGCGUGCCGCCACAUGGGAUGUGAAGGAGAGCUCUUUCAAGAUGGUCGAGGGCCUUGAGGACCCCCCUGGCUCAAUCGCAUACGAAUUCGGAGCGUUGCUGUUCACUGAUUUCGUUACGGCCACCUUCCCAAAGGACAAGAAGCGCAUUGGUGGUAUCGAUUCAUCUCAGAAUAUCAAAGCCGUUGUCAUUUGGCGAUUCCUACAUCUCCGUGGCUACGUUGACGAUUCUCACAUGCUUACCAACUGGGGUAAUGCUGUUGCUAGUGCGAUUUGGGCCAUGAAGGAUUCACUGAAGAACAUUGAACUUCCUGAAGGUCUUAACAUCUUUGAGGCAAUCUUGACUGCUUUUGAGCUUAUCAGGUUUGACGUCCUCAACUCCCGACACAAACAUGAGGAGCUCAAUGGCGCUCCCAGCGCUGGCAGUGAGGAUGAUAAAGCCAGUAUCAUUCUCCUCAGCCGAUGCUCCUCGCUACUCAAGCUUCGACACGAGGCAAAUGGGUACACGGGUCCCCUCAACAAGAAUCUCUUGUUGUUCCGAUCUCUGUCCACUGCAGUGCGCGAGGCUGACCGCGACCUGGUGGAGGCGAUCGUGGCAUCCAUGUUCCUUUACGCGCAGUCUGAGAGAGAUAGGGAUGAUUACUUGGACAUUAACAACACGUUGCCUUUCCUGCACAGCCCAGACAUUGCUCUAGGUAUUGCGGUCAAGACGCUGAUGGACGAGGUUCCCGCCGGUGAAACCCUGCAACAGCGACAAGCUACUAUUGACGCUUUCCCCGGAAAGUUCUUCCCUUAUGCUACUCACUUCAAGGAGGACAUUCAGCUGGCCUACGCUUUCUUCGAUGCAAUCCACAAGGGCGUGCAGACGCUGAAUAAGGAGGUUUCGGCCGCAGACAAGGCGGUGUGGUCAACAGCAAGCAAAUACCUGGAUCAAAAGCGAUUCUAG